GAAGGCUUAUAAAAAGAGUGAGCAUCAUGUGCAUCCCUCACGCCUGUCAGGUCCUCUGACUGAGAGCAGAGAUGGUCUGUUUCGCAGCUUUCCUCGUGUACACCUGGGCUCUCCUACUAAUUGCAGCAAGUGAAGUUUCCUUUUCAGAUCCGCCACCCUGUGUCUUUCCCUUCAUUUACAAGGGGAAAUCCUAUAUUACAUGCACCUCGGAGGGUUCUACUGAGCAGCCGCUGUGGUGUGCCACGACCCAAAACUAUGACAGGGAUCGCCGAUGGAAGCUGUGUGCCCUUAAGGAGUAUGGAGGAAAUUCAGAUGGAGAAGCCUGCGUUUUCCCCUUCGUCUACCUCGGCCAUACUUACUACACUUGCACCAACAAAUUUGCACAUAAAGGGCGAUUCUGGUGUGCUACGACGGGGAGCUAUGAUAAAGACAAGAAGUGGCGCUACUGUGCUGACACCAGACUCGAUGUGAAUUACCCUGUAGGGCCGUGUGUCUUUCCUUUCACCUUCGAAGGCAAGAAAUACUCAGGUUGUACAGCAGAUGGGAGAUCCGAUGGGAAGCUCUGGUGCUCUCUCUCCCGAAACUAUGAUGUAAACCCCACAUGGGUAUACUGUGAUCCCUCAGAUCCUGCCCCCUGCUCAUUUCCUUUCACUUACAAAAACAAAUCCUACACGUCAUGCACAAGAGACGGGAGUUUUGAUAGGCAACUGUGGUGUGCCACAACCCCAAGCUAUGACAAGGACAGCAAGUGGAAGGCAUGCUCCCUUCAAGAGUAUGGUGGGAACGCCGAUGGUCAGACCUGUGUCUUCCCCUUCACCUACAAGAACCAGAUAUUUGAAGCCUGCACCAAUGAGGAUGGGAAUGGGAGAUUCUGGUGUGCCACUACAGCUAAUUAUGACAAGGACCAGAAAUGGAGCCUCUGCGCUGAUACAGAACUGAAACGCCUGGAGGUUCCGAUAUCAGGAUCGAAUGUAAAUCCCAAUGGCUCCUGCGUCUUUCCUUUCAUCUACAAAAGCAAGUCUUACACAUCUUGUACUACAGAUGGAGUCGCCACCUGGAAGUACUGGUGCUCUCUCACUGGGAACUACGAUAACGAUCAGAAGUGGAAAUACUGUGAGCCUUCAGGCCAUUCCGUCCCGAUUCCCCUGGGCCCCGGCCAACGGCUUCGGUGUUUCCUUUUGCACGAGCGCUGGCCAACGCACUGGCCCGACGGGGCGGGACUUGCCAGCAAGGCCCUGGGUGGGCUGGGGAGGUCGCCCCAUCCUGCCGGGAGCGGCGUGCCAGGAGCGUAUAAACUCCCCGCCGCGGAGAGAUGGAGCCGCUCAGCGCGCGCUGCCGCCCGGGAUCCCGCAAUGAGCCGGCGCCGUCGAGUCCCGCUCGCGUCCUCCCUGCUUCUCCUCGUCCUCCUGAUCGUCUCCGAGAGAGCCUUUUACGGAGUUUCAGGUUGGUGGUUGGGCGUGGCACGGGGGCCGAGCGGCGCUGGGUGA